AAGACAGGGUACUAUUGGUGGGCGUCCCGCCUCCUCCGAGACACCCCCCGGACGUCCAGGCUUCCCCCUCCUGUUGGGCCGUGGCCCAUUUCUGCCGCCUGCUUAUAGAGCACCGGCCAAGGCGGCCCGAUGCAGGAGGCGAGUUACCUUGGCGGCGAGCGGGACUGUUUCCGCCUCUUCCUCUCCGCCGCCGCAGCGGAGUCUGACCACACCCCUGCUUCGUGGAUGACUUCCAGUUCAGAGACAUUUUCUGCUCAUCAAACUUGACUGCAUUCGAGACCCUGACUUGUUGGAUGAGCAGGCCCCCCUGGAAGAGUCAGCCGUGUGAGAUGGUGCAGCCCAGUGGCGGCCCGGCAGGGGACCAGGACGUGCUGGGUGAAGAGUCUUCUCUGGGGAAGCCAGCUAUGCUCCACCUACCUUCUGAGCAGGGUACUCCUGAGAGCUUCCAACGCUGUCUGGAGGAGAAUCAAGAGCUCCGAGAUGCCAUCCGGCAGAGCAACCAGAUGCUUCGGGAGCGCUGCGAGGAGCUGCAGCGUUUCCAGGGCAGCCAGAGGAAGGAGAAGGAGUUCCUCAUGCAGAAGUUCCAGGAAGCCAGGAAACUGGUAGAGAGACUGAACCUGGAGAAGCUCGACCUGAGGAGGCAGAGGGAGCAGGCCCUGCAGGAGGUGGAACAUCUGAAGAGAUGCCAGCAGCAGAUGGCUGAGGACAAGGCCUCUGUGAAAGCCCAGGUGACAUCCUUGCUGGGGGAGCUCCAAGAGAGCCAGAGUCGCUUGGAGGCCGCCACCAAGGAGCGGCAGGCUUUGGAGGGCAGGGCCCGGGCUGCCAGCGAGCAGGCCCGGCAGCUGGAGAGCGAGCGGGAGGCGCUGCAGCAGCAGCACAACGUGCAGGUGGACCAGCUGCGCAUGCAGAGCCAGAGCGUGGAGGCGGCCCUGCGCAUGGAGCGCCAGGCUGCCUCGGAGGAGAAGCGGAAGCUGGCCCAGCUGCAGGUGGCCUAUCACCAGCUCUUCCAAGAGUAUGACAAUCACAUCAAGAGCAGCAUGGUGAGCAGUGAGCGAAACCGAGGAAUGCAGCUGGAGGAUCUCAAGCAGCAGCUCCAGCAGGCCGAGGAGGCCCUGGUGGCCAAACAGGAAGUGAUUGACAAGCUGAAGGAAGAGGCUGAGCAGCACAAGAUUGUGAUGGAGACUGUCCCGGUGCUGAAGGCUCAGGCGGAUAUCUACAAGGCCGACUUCCAGGCUGAGAGGCAGGCCCGGGAGCAACUGGCAGAGAAGAAGGAGUUCCUGCAGGAGCAGCUGGAGCAGCUGCAGAGGGAAUACAGCAGGCUGAAGGCCAGCUGUCAGGAGUCGGCCAGGAUUGAAGAUCUGAGGAAGCGGCACGUGGAAGUCUCCCAGGCCCCCUUACCCCCUACCCCAGCUCACCCCUCCUUUCACCUGGCCCUGCCCAACCAGAGGAGAAGCCCCCCCGAGGAGCCGCCUGACUUCUGUUGCCCCAAGUGCCAGUAUCAGGCUCCUGAUAUGGACACCCUGCAGAUACAUGUCAUGGAGUGCAUCGAGUAGGGGCUGCCUGCGGGGGACCAGCCUGCCUGCUCCCGACUUAACGGGCUGGGUGACAGAACGGGCCACUUCUGUGAGCCCCACGAGCUAGCUCUAGGACCUUACGCUUCAGCUCCCCCAUCUGUUGGUUUGCCUCUGUUAGGGUACAUGGAACCCGCUAGGCCUGAUGCUCUGCCCUUCUUGUUUGUGCCGUCUGCUUGAACCGCUUGCCUCUGGGGCUCCCUUGCUUUCCACCUGCACGGGCGAAGUCAAGAAUCGAGGCCAGGGCUCCCCCAGAACUUCUCGAGCCAACACAGGCAGAAGCCUUUCCUCGCACGCGAGCUCCCACACGCCGUGGCGCCAGGGCCCUCGUGGGCCGUGUGGUAUUCCGUGUGGAGGCUGCGCCACCAGUAGACGUUGUUGCCACUCUUGUGUCGUCACUAAGCGAACGUCCCUGUGCAUCACUUACGUGUAUCUCUGGGUCGGAUUCUUAGAAGCUGCACCACUGAGCAGCUGCAGACGGGUUAGAUGGGCCAGUACGUUGUCCCUGCUUCCUCAGAGCCUUGCCCACAGGAGGGGUGUCCAGCCUGUGGGCUUUGCCAUCUGUCAGGCAUGUGUUUCUCUAUUCAGAGUGAGCCUGAAGGAUCUUCUCCAAUUCUGCUUAAUGGCUUGUUUGUAUUUUCUGCUCAUUUUUCUGUUGGGCUGUUAGUCUUUUGUUCCUUGGUGUGUUUGAGCUCUUUGGUCAUUAGUGGGAUCGGCUCUUGUGUAUGAUAGAAAUUGCAAGUAUCUUCUUUUACUCUGACUUGGACUUGAAGUUGGUUAUCUAGGCGUGGCCACGCUUCUCCACCUUUCCUUCACUGCUUUGGGUUUACCAUGGGUGUGACCGGCUCGUGGCUUGACGGGGAGACGCUUCCCACAUGUACACUUGCCGUUUCCUUUUCCUAACACCACAGCAUGCCGUUGUCCUCCCUGAGCGUGUUGCUGCCUAGCGUGAGCGGUGGUGACUGUGUUUGAUCACGUUCCAGAAGCUUGUGAUGCUGUUCCCCGCACCAGCCCCAUAUGCCCCAGCCUUUUGAAGGGAAGCCGCUUGGUGAUGAUUGGCAGGUUAUGAACACUAGAAGGCUCCUUACUGUUGUUUUGCAAGAUUCUGGAUGUUUCCUUGAUGUCAAAGCCAAGGGCAUUAAGCCUGUGGUUGUCAGAAAAGGAUGUUGGAAGCAGAGGAAGAAUGCCCCAGCCUCCCCUGGCCCUCCUCCAUCCUCCCCUGGUUGGGAACAGGAUGUCGCUGAAGACAGCCCGGCUGGCAGCCUGCUGUGAAGACGAGCCUGGGCGGGGGGCUUGCCUGGCAUGUAUAGGAGUGGGAGCCCCUUCUCCAUUUCCUGGAGCCCAGAUGUCUAAUUGCAGAUGAUCGUCCUUUGGGAAGAUGUUAAAGGCACAAACAGGCUCCCCACUUCUGGGUGCUGCAUCCCAAUCCUGAUCCUGUAGUUUUUCUGCAAGAGCACUUUUAGUUUUGGGGGGAUGUAUGAAUUUCCCACGGCCACUGUAACAAAUGAUCAACUUGGUGGCUUAAAACAACAGGAAUUCAUUUUUUCAUGGUUCUGAAAUCAGGGUGGCAGGGUUGGUUUCUUCUGGAGGCACUGAGGGAAAAUCAGUUCCAGGCCUUUCUCCCAGCCUCUGGUGGUGGCCCUUGGUGUUCUUGGCUCCAUUCUCUGCCACCCCAUUCUCUGCCUCUGUGGUUACACGGCCUCUUCUUCCUGACUGUGUCUUCCCUUCUUGUCUCUUACAAGAACACCAGUCACUGGAUUUAGGGCCCACCUACAUCGUCCCGGACGAGCUCAUUUUGAGAUCUUUAUCUUCAUUACAUCCGCAAAGACUCUUUUUCCAACUCAGGUCAUUUUUUUUUUUUUCUUUGGCAGAGAGAGAGAGCACAAGCAUGCGGAGAAGCAGGCUCCCUGCUGAGCAGGGAGCCCGAUGCGGGGCUCGAUCCCAAGACCCUGGGAUCAUGACCUGAGCCGAAGGCAGUUGCUUAACCAACUGAGCCACUCAGGUGCCCCUCCAACUCAGGUCAUAAUCACAAAUUCUGGGCAUGAGGACGUGCCUAUAUCUUCUGGGCCACCAUUCAGCCCAGCACAGGGCUAUCUUCUGGAGUGCACAGACUAGGAGAAAUGCAGGUGAAGACCAGUGUCUCCAGGACACUGGGCGCUCUGUGGGAAGGAAAGCUGGUUUGGUGGGGGGACAGGCCCUUGCAGGUGUGGGGACUGCUGCUCCUUAGGACAUCCCGACUCCAGCUGGCCACCGCUGCCAGGGCCGGCAGCCACGGGCAGGAGAAGGAAGGCUGUCGGCUGCGGUGGGACAGAACUGUUGGACCGACCGGUGCCCUGGGUAACAGCCACCAGCUGCGUAGGCAUGGGCUUUGUGCUUUAUUAGGAGAGUGGACAGAGGCCCGGGGGAGCCCUUCUCUGACUGGCUUCCUCUUCUGAAAGGAUGUUGGGAGGAAGAAGAUGAGACCCAGCAGUGGUGAGAGAGGCAGCCGUUCUCUUCCUGGGGUGCUUUCCUCAGGUUCUGGCUUUUACCGAUGUUCAUGCCUGGGCCCUGGUCCAGCUGAGUCAGGGUCUGGGCGCAGGACCAGGCAUUGGCUGGAAGCCACUGCCCUUUUGAAGCUUCCCUUCCUGGGGUGCCCUUGCUCCCUACCUCCUCAGAGCACCCUGUAGGACCAGCUGUACACUAGACACUUAGAAGGGAGGGAUUCUGCUUUCUCCCCUUCUGGCUUUACGUAGAUUGGGCUUCCAGAAUAAGUGGUUGGAUCCCUUCUGUGAGGGAAGCAGCCUGCCUACCCAAUGAGCUGUGGCCCCUUGACCUCCACAACCCUGGGUUUGGGAGGCAGAGACAAAUAGCUAGAAGCACAUCCCGCUGAAUCCUAUGUCAUUUCUCGUUGCUCAUACAACAUUUCUUGUUGUUCAUACAACAAUAUUUCUUGUUGCUUAUACAACAAUAGUUCUUUUAAAAAAAUUUUUUAAAUUAACAUAUAAUGUCUUAUUGGUUUCAGAGGUACCGGUCUGUGAUUCAUCCGUCUUACACAAUUCACAGCGCUCACCAUAGCACAUACCCUCCCCAAUGUCCAUCACCCAGCCACCCCGUCCCUCCCACCCCCCACCACUCCAGCAACCCUCAGUUUGUUUCCUGAGAUUAAGAGUCUCUUAUGGUUUGUCUCCCUCUCUGGUUUCGUCUUGUUUCAUUUUUCCCUCUCUUCCCCUAUGAUCCUCUGUCUUGUUUCUCAAAUUCCACAUAUCAGUGAGAUCAUAUGAUACUUGUCUUUCUCUGAUUGACUUAUUUCGGUUAGCGUAAUACCCUCUAGGUCCAUCCAUGUCAUUGCAAAUUACAACAGUAUUUCUUGUUGCUCAUACAACAAUGCGUGCCCUCUGUUACCCGCUGGCUAAUGCUUAAGAGAAAUCCAGGUGACCAACGAAAUAAGCACAACAAGAAAGCGUUUCUCCCUCGCUAGUAACGAAAACACAGACUCCAACUAGACGAAAAGUGAUGUGAAACAAGGAACAAAUGAAGACUGGCGCCAUGCCGCCAAGGUGCGGGGGGUGGGGGACAGGCCUGAGCUGCACCCCGCGUGGGGGCCGGUUUGGCAGGGGGGAACAGGCGUGCGGGAGGCCUCCUGGGCGUGCUUGGCUGCAAGAGGCAGCCGGGUGCACAUGGUGACUCUGGCGUCGGAGAGGUGCUGGCUGCGCCGUCGCCGGUAACUGCCAAAGACUGGGGUGAACGAGGGUCUGCGCUUCUGGGUUAUGCUGACCCGCGCAGCCGGUCAUGCGCCCGUGUGGUGAGCACGCUCCCUAUGCUGCUCACAUGGAGCACAGUCUGUAGCAUGUUGAUGUGAAAAAGCCAGCAGACAAUGAUGUAUGAAGUGUGACCACAAUAAAAAAGGAAAAGCA